AUGGAUGAUUUCGCGGCAGAGCUAAUGGCCGCCGGCCGCGAUGAAUCGCCGGAGCGACCGCCUGAGCGCAAGGCACCUGCGGAACUCGAUCCAUCUACGGCAUCACCUCAGCGAUCCGGCCUGCGGGGCGGCCUUGCGGCCCUCCGAGAGAAGGCGAACAUUCAAGAUCGCUUAGUAGAAAAACUCCUUCAACAAGUCAUCCCGGAUGAAGACAGCCAUGGCGCCGAAGCCACUAUAUCGUCAGACGGUGCGGCAUACCCGCAGCGGCCUGGCUUCAACCUCACUACUAUGUCCAACAACUUCCGGCGGUUCAACGCCCGUAUUGGCGUGGUCUUCAAGUUCCAGGCCCGAAUGACGCGCAUUCUAUCCUGGCGCCAGCCCUCCCACACACUCUCUCUACUCGCUACAUAUACCUUCGUCUGUCUUGACCCCUAUCUCCUCUGCGUACUGCCCAUUGUGGGCAUACUUUUGGGCGCCUUCAUCCCAGGAUUUUUAGCACGGCAUCCGGCACCACCAAAGGGGACUCUGUCCAGCGAGCAAAGUAUGGGCUAUUCUCCAAGGGGACCACCACUGGCACCGGCAGCGACAGUUCGUCCCGCCAAGGAGCUGAGCAAGGACUUUUUCCGAAACAUGGGUGACUUACAGAACUGCAUGGACGACUUCACUCAAGGACACGACAUGGUGGUGGCGCUGCUUGUGCCCAUUAGCAAUUUCAGCAACGAGGCGCUCUCCUCGGCCGUGUUUCUCUUCCUCUUCGCGGCCGGCGUCUUCAUGACCAUUGCCGCGCACAUGAUACCGUGGAGAUUUGUGUUCCUCGUAGGCGGAUGGGCCGCCAUCGGGUCGGGACAUCCCGCCAUCUCUCGUCUGCUGGCUGCCACGCGCGAGGAGCACAUCCAGCCUAGGGAGGAGAAGGCCAAGACGUGGAUGGACGACUGGAUCGCGACCGACGUGAUCCUCGACUCGGCCCCCGAGACGCGCGAGGUGGAAAUCUUUGAGCUGCAAAAGGCCUCUGGCGCGGGCGAGUGGGAGGCCUGGCUCUUUUGUCCGUCGCCGUACGAUCCCCUGUCGCAGCCUCGCAUCGCUGGCGAGCGGCCACGCGGCACGCGCUUCUUCGAGGAUGUGAUGCCGCCGGAGGGCUGGGAGUGGAGCGAGAAGAAGUGGGCGCUGGAUCUCUGGAGCAGAGACUGGGUCGAGGAGCGCAUCAUUACGGGGGUCGAGGUCGAGACGGAAGGGGAGCGGUGGGUGUAUGAUAUUUUCAACGAUCGCGAGGAGCGCACCGGUGUUGUCGACCAGCCCGAGAAAGCGAGCACUCGAGCCGGCGCGCAUAUGAGCUGGGAAGAAGGCGAAGAUGGUAUAGGCAAGAAGGGGGAAUGGAGACGGAGGCGGUGGGUGAGAUUGGUCAAGAGAAAGGUUUCAGCGGCUGUUUCUGGAUCACAAUAG